AUGUCCACCUCACCUACAGAAUCAAUACAGAAUUCUUCAACUAAAGAACAGCCAAUUCUACCGAAGAUGUUGCCUACGGCAAAAUCACCGCACACAACACCAUCGCAGCUGCCUCAGGAUUCCAACCACCACCACCACCAGCAACAACCAACAGAUGGUCAACAGUGUUCUAAUUGUGGAACCACCAAAACUCCUUUAUGGAGAAGAGCACCCGAUGGCACGCUAAUAUGUAAUGCGUGUGGCUUAUACUAUCGAUCAAAUAAUACUCAUCGUCCUGUAAAUCUUAAAAGGCCACCAAACACAAUAGCAGUUGUCAAAGAGGAAGAAGGUUCGUGCAAAGGUGAUGGGAGAUGUAAUGGUACUGGAGGAUCUGCUGCCUGUAAAGGAUGUCCUGCUUACAAUAAUCGUAUAGUGGCGAAAAAAACGUUGGAAAAAUCACCGAAAAACGAUUCAAGAGCUCCUAUUGAUAGGAGCUUGAAACGAAGUACAAGUAGUGAUGGUGCUACUGAAGAUGAAAGUUCUUUAGCUAUUGCAUGUUUUAAUUGUGGAACAACAAUAACUCCAUUAUGGAGAAGAGAUGACGCAGGUAAUACGAUUUGUAAUGCCUGUGGUCUAUUUUACAGAUUGCAUGGAUCUCAUCGUCCCAUCAAAAUGAAACGACCCACUAUUAAACGAAGAAAAAGAAAUGUCUCAGACAAAAAAUCAAAAGAUGAGGUUCAAUUGCAUUUAUCUGAUCAAAGCCCCAUUGUUGCAGCAGACCCGAUAUCUCCGACUCCACAAAAUAAUGAAAACAAUAUUGAUGUUAGUAAUGCUAUAACAAAGAAAACUCCGACAAGAUCACCUCACUAUUAUCAACCAACAGUACCACCACCACAACAACAAUAUCCAUAUCAACAGAGUACAGUAUAUUCGACUACUUCAUCAGUCAUUAAUCGACUCCCUCCUAUCCCAUAUCACUUGCCAUUCCAAACAAGAUCACUGUCUCAAUCACCAAUGCAAUCAUCAUCGUCAUAUUCCUAUUCUCCAAGAGUUUCGUCGGUGAUCUCUUCAUCAUAUUAUCCACCUUAUAGCGGAUCAGGAAGAAUACCUAAUGGACCCGGACCUGUCCCUGGCCCACCGCCACCACCGCCACCACAACAACAACAAACUACUACUUCCCCUCAAUCACAAUCAUUUGCUUCUUUGAAUGCUCCAAUACAAAUAACAAAGAGGAAUUAUACAUCAGAAAAUAUAAGAUUACCAUCUAUUCAAUUGACAUCUUCAUCUUCAUCUUCAACUUCAUCCAACAACCAAACAAAAUUACCCCCAAUAACUAAUCGUACUGAGAAAUGUUGUUCUAAUUGUGCUGGACCGAAAACAUUAGCACCAAUGGCAAUUGAUUUCACAGCCAGUUAUAGAUUCAAUAAUAAUAAUAAUGAUAAUAAUAAUUCACCACAAAUUAAAUUAACUAAAGAAGAUCAAAAUGAUAGUGAAGGGGCGUCACGUGAUAAUGAUAUAAGAGAUGGAAAUAAACCAAUAAACCAAGAAGAACAUCGAAGUGCCCUUUCUAUUGGGAAAUUGUUGAAUGGAUGA